CGACGGGCUGCUUCUUGGCGCUGCAGGGUCCUGGGGAGAGCAGCGGGCGCGAGGAUAGUGAGGAGAUUGAGGAUUAGUGACAAGGAGCGCCGCCAUGUCUCCCCCGCGACAAGCUCACGCUCGCUCCACUCCGCAACGCCGCCGUCGCCGCCGCCCAUUUGCAGCAGCCACGGCAGCCUCACGCGUAUCCUCUGCGGCCUCGCUCCGCUCCCUCUGCUUCUUCUGCGAGCCAGCGCUGCAUGCACUGCCACCGCUUUGUCGCGCCCUCUCCUACUCAACGCGUGGCCGUCUCUGGCCGGAGCAACGCAUGGCACACGCACCGGCUGCGCCCUCACCUCUUCUCCCCCUUCGUGGUGCGCACAUCUACCAGGUCUAGUGCCAUCCGCCGCCUGCAUUCCAAUUGGGACGACUACCCCGACACCGUUGUUACCGAGUACAAUUCCAUGGCGGGUGCCCCCUCGACCGCGUCGUCGACAUCGACCGCCAAGCGAAGAUACGGCCCGCCCCCCAAGUUCUACGCCGUCAAGGCUGGCCGCGUCCCCGGCGUCUAUCAAAACUGGGAAGACGUGCGCAAGCAGACUGAGGGUUUCAAAAACCACGUGGUAAAAGCCUUUUCCACCCUCACCGAAGCCGAGGCCUUCCUCAAAGGCACCGCCGUCCACACGCUCAAGUCGGCCAAACCAAAGUUUUACGGAGUGGCCGUCGGACGCGUGCCUGGCGUCUACACAGACUGGCCCACGGUGCAAGCGCAUACCAAGGGCCACAAGGGCGCGAAGCAUCAGGGCUUUGCCACACGCGAAGAAGCCCAGGCUUUUGUCGAUCGGGCCAGAACAGGCUCCAGUGCGCCCAUAAAUUUGUGGGACCAUUUCCCAGAGCCCUCAUCCGUAGCCGCGGUCAACAUGGACGGAACCGCUGAACAUGCGCCCAAGCGCCAGAAGAGGGAGCAAGCAUCGCCUGCAACAGCAGUCAGUGCACACAUCAAAGCUGAACCGGGUAUGGGUCCUCUUCCGGCAGGCGCGGUAGAUGGCUUUGACCCCACCAUCAAGCUUGACGAGUCUGCUGGGAACAUUAGGGCAAAGACCGAAGGCGAACUCAAUGCGACGAAGCGGCAGCCGACGGGAAACUUCAAGGGCCCUUUGGUCGUGCACACAGAUGGAGGCUCGCGAGGCAACGGCAAAGUAGGCGCCAGAGCCGGCGUGGGCGUCUACUUUGGUCCCAAGGAUCCCAGAAAUAUUGGAGAACCUUUGAGGGGCGAAAGACAAACCAACCAACGAGCCGAGCUCGUCGCCAUAGCUCGAGCGCUCGAUCAUGUGCCAAUUGACCGCGAUGUCGAGAUCAGGACCGACUCAUACUAUUCGAUCCGCUGUUUACGCGAAUGGUUCCAGAAUUGGGAGACAAAGGGCUGGAGGAAUGCAGCCGGCAAGAGCGUGGAGAACAAGGAGCUGAUCCAGCCCAUUCUGGCUAGGAUACGCGAACGCCUAACAUGCAGGGGAAAGACGACUUUUACCUGGGUCAAGGGUCAUGGUACAGAUCCGGGCAAUAUUGCAGCUGAUGCCCUGGCAAACGAAGGCAUGGACAAGUGGACUCCGGAACUCACAUCAGGCACACCUUUCGACAUGUCGGAAACACUGAGGACAAAGUACACGCUGCCGUCCCUCACCAAGCCCAAGCAGGAAGAUGGUGAUGAGUUUGGCGAGGACCCUUUCAAGGACUAUUUCGACGACUUGGAAGCAGAGAGAAUGGCGAAUGAAUUGGCAGACUCGUCACACACAACCGUUCCCGUCCAGGCAUCCAUUGAUGCUGAGGAGGGUGCUAGAGCAGCCGUGCAGAAGAAUAGGGAAGUUUGGGCCGACAACGCAGCCUCAUCAAAUGCCGAAAUCACGGAGAGGACAUUGGUUGUUUCCGAGUCCCUGCAGCACAAACCAGAGUAAGAAGCGGGGUCGGUGUAUGUAUGUAGGAAUGCAGUUGCGUAUUGUGUGUAACAAAUAAAGCACGAGCUACCAGAAUGCCAUGGGCCGGCACCAAGAAAACGCCUUCGGGAGCUGUAGCGUUACUAGCCUACGACGUUUAUGAAGAUUGGAAAUAAUGAAUAUCAG